AUGAACGUGGUGGUGCACGACGUGGUUGUCGUGAAAUACGAUUACAUCGCUCAAGAAGAUCAAGAGUUGACGAUAAAGAAAAAUGAGAGGUUGAAGCUGUUGGAUGACUCAAAGAAUUGGUGGAAGGUAGUGAAUGAUGCAAAUCGGGUCGGCUUUAUCCCUUCAAAUUACGUUCGACGAGAAUCCUUUGUCGACAAAGCGAUGGGCACAAUGAAGGACCUCGUGAGGGGGAGAAGCAAAACUUCUCGCCAUAUGACCCACUGUUUCGUGAUCGAUCUCACUGAUGUCAGCAUUCAAAUCAUCUCCAAAGAUCUCGCUACACCAACGAAACCACGUUACAUUGUACUAGAAGAUGUGCCCGAUCAUUUGAUGUCAUUAUUGGACGAUGAACGAUCGAUGGAUGAUCAAAACUCGGAUCAAUACAUUCACUGUUCACAGUGUGAUCAAUUUAAAUACCCAUUUUGUCGUAAACAUCCGCUAUAUUGGUGUCCAGACAAGGAGCUGAAAGAAGACAAAGAGAAUGCGCCUGAUCGAUGCAAUUUAACGAUUCCACCAUUCUUGAAAAUCCGGAUUUCGAAAAUUCCUGAUGCUGGUCAUGGAAUUUUCACGACAGCUGAACUGCCGAUUGGAAUCGUUUUUGGACCAUAUCAAGGAGUACUAUUGGAAGAUAAAGAAGAAGCUGAUCUAGCUGGAUAUUCUUGGGAAAUUUUGGAACAAGCGAAAGCGUUUUUCAUUGAUGGAAGCAAUCAAAAGCACUCGAAUUGGGUCCGUUAUGUGAACAGUGCGAGAAAUGAACAAGAACAGAAUCUAAUUGCUUUCCAGUAUUGUGGAUCGAUUUUCUAUCGUGUUUUUCGGCACAUAAAAAUCGAUGAGGAGUUGCUGGAGGAGUCCCCGGCCGCCUAUUCGGGAGACGAACGGAUAUUGCAAUCGAAUAACAAUAAAACAAACGGAUAUCAAUUCGCUGCAUCGCCCGCUUUUUCAAAAAACGGAACCAUGACGCGAGCUCUAGUCAAAUUUGCGUAUGAUCCAAAGAUGGACGAUGAGUUGCCGCUGAGAAAGGGAGACUACAUCGAGGUGUUGGAAAGGAGUAGCGAUGGAUGGUGGAAAGGAGAAUCAAACGGUCGGGUCGGUUGGUUCCCAUCUAACUACGUGGAAGAAGCAAGUGAACCGCCGGCGAGCUCAAACGGAAAUGGAUUUACAUCGGAAAACUCUCGACCUGUUCCCUCAUACAAUAGCGAUCGACCGGUGCUGGAAGUGGUGACCGCAUUGUACUCGUUUGAGGCAUCAAAUGGAGAGGAGUUGUCGUUCAGAAAAGGUGAACAACUGGAUAUCAUCGAUCAUCCAACAGACGAUCCGGAAUGGUGGACGGCCAGGAACUUAGCUGGGCAGUCAGGAUUGGUGCCAAGGAAUUAUAUAAAGGUCCUUCAAUCAAACGCAUCAAGCGUUCCACCGCCACCCCCACUGCCCCAAGCUGGUGGCUACAAUGGCGGAUACAAUACAAGCUAUCAAGCCACUGAUCCUGGUGAUUACUCAAAAGAGCCCUGGUAUUCGGGUCCAAUCACAAGACAACAAGCCGAGAGGAUCCUCGAUCGAGCAACACAAGGAGAUUUCCUUGUGAGAGACUCGGAAAGUCAGCCUGGCGACUUGUCAAUCACAAUGCGAGGCGUUGGAGGCUUCAAACAUUUCAAGGUGACAAACGUGAAUGGACAGCUGAAAAUCGGGCAGCGAACCUUUGACAAUAUGCACGAAUUAAUCCGUCACUACACAACGCACGCGAUCUUCAGCUCGGACACCGAAAAGCUGUGCCUUGGGAAACCAGCUCAACGA